CCUCAAGCCUCCCCCUUCCUGCGCGCUUAAAUUGUUCAGUGCUUCUUUGUAAUUAAACUAAAAUGAUGAGUCAAAGUUAUAAUUUAGGAGAAUUAAAGUUUUUGUUUUGUGUUUUUUCAAAGUUCUAACCUCAGAAUUGACCUGCUAGCUAACUUUAACAAACUUCUGUUUGAGUCAGAAUGACACACAAGUCCAGGAAGGACAGCGAACCUCUGAGUAAGGAGAAGUUUGGGUUCAUUUCCAUCGAGAGUAAAUCUCCAGAAACAGCAGUUCUGCUUCUGAAUUCACCCGAGGAGGAUGUGAUUGUAAAAGCGUGUGAGGCCAUCUUCACAUUUGCAGAAAAAGGAGAUGAGAACAAGGUUUCUCUGCUGGGACUGGGGGCCCUGGACCCCCUCAUCAGACUCCUCUCUCACAGCAGCAGAGCGGUCAGACGAGGCGCCGUCACGGCUCUCGGCUCCAUGGCCGUUAGCAGUGAAGUGAUGAAAGCUCUGAAAAAGUUAAACGCCAUCCCAUCAAUUUUAGCAAAACUCUCACCAGAAGAGGAAACGGUCGUCCAUGAGUUUGCGACGCUGUGCCUCACUCACCUGUCAAAGGAUUUCACCUGCAAGGCGCAGAUAUUCGACAGCAACGGCCUUCCAGCGCUGAUCCAGCUGCUGUCCAGCCCAGACCCGGAUGUUCAGAAGAAUUCUGUGGAGGUCAUCUGCAAUCUAGUCCAGGAUUACAAAAGCCGCCUGGCGUUUCAUAAGCUGGGGGGGAUCCCAUCCCUGCUGGAGCUGCUGAAGUCCGACUUCCCCGUCAUCCAGCGUCUGGCUUUGAGGACGCUACACUGCAUCACGACUGACCCGGACUCACGCCACACCUUCAGGGAGCAGCAGGGGUUUGAGAAACUCAUGGAUGUUCUUAGUAACGCGGAUUUCCACGAUCUCCACGCUGAAGCUUUACAAACCCUCUCCAACUGUCUGAGCGACAGUCAGACGCUGAAGCUGGUCCACCAAUCCAGAGGACUGACCAGGCUGCUCCAGUUCCUGCAGACUCCAAACGCCCCUGAAGUUCAGUCUGCCGCAGUCGACUGUCUGACCAAAGUGGCUCAGAGCCCUGAGAGUCUCAGGCUGCUCCACGAGGAGGAAAUAGAGAAAGUUCUGGUGGAGCUUCUGUCUGUGGAGGACAUCAGCGUGAAAACAUCCGCCUGUCAGGCUGUGGCCGCCAUGAGUUUUCACCUGGACAGCAAAGACGUCUUUAGAGAUUUGGGGGUCGUUCCCACUCUGACACGACUGCUGAGGAGGGAGAGUUUGAAGCUGAGAGCGGCAGCGACCCGCGCCCUCUAUGGCCUCUCACACGGUGACCAACUCAAUGCCCUCUCCAUCUACAACUCGGGGGGUCAUGAGCUCCUGGUCCAGCAGCUGUAUGAAGCUUGUCCAAAGACUGUGGCCAGCUCCGCUGCUACGCUUCACAACAUGGCAGCCCAGGAGGCCAUCCGGUCCAGCAUCCUGUCCCACGGAGCCAUGCGGGCUCUGGCUGAGGCCCUGAAGUCCAAAGACACGGCGGUUCUGCUCAGCAGCUUGCUGUGUGUGGCUGAGCUGGCCUGUGAGGAAGACGCGAGAGCAGAGCUGCGCAGAGCCGGAGGCCUGGAAGCGCUCGUCCGUCUCCUGCACUCCCACCACCAGGAGGUGUUGAAAAACGCCUGCUUUGCUGUGAAGGUUUGUGCCAGCGAUGAACCUUCAGCCGUGGAACUCUGCAGACUUGGAGCUUUGGAAGUUCUACAGGAAAUGACCCGCUCGGAGAGUCGCAGGAAUACUUUCAGUGAGCUGGCCCUGAACAGUCUCCUCAAAUCCAACUUAUCUGUCAAGUACAGCCUGAUGGGACGCUUGGCCUCCACUGACAUCAUCACCAGCGGCUUCUACGAUGCCGGGAAGGCUCGCACAGGUCAGAGGGUUCUGACUUUAGAGGAACUGAUCCAACAGCCGCUCAACCAGCACCGACCCGUUUUUGCUGUCUUCACUGGAACCGGAAAGACGAACGAUGAGACGGCAGAUGACGGCGUUCUGCAGACGCUGAUCAAAGAGGCUAAAGAGAACGUCCUCCCGCUGACCGCCGAGAGGGAGCAGUACGCUGCUCUGGCCCGGCUGGUGAGUGAAGCCAUGGGUGGAGCGGUCCCUGAAGAUCAGCUCCAUGAGUUUCCGUGGACGCUGCAUCUCAGCGAGCUCAAGUUUCACCUGCAGUCAAACGUUGUUCCCAUCGGAUCCAUCAGGAAAGGGAUCUACUGCCACAGAGCCCUUCUGUUUAAGUGUCUCUCUGACUGCAUUGGACUGAGCUGCUCCCUUGUUAGAGGAGACUAUAAUCGGGCGUGGAACGAGGUCGUCCUCUUUGAUGAGGAUCCCCCCAACAUGCAGAGAUCCCUACGGCGCUCCCGCUUCAUCGUGGACCUCAUGCAUCAGCCGGGACGCCUGCUGGACGUCGACACGCCGGCCGCCCUGCAGUAUCAGACCAUAUAGAGCAAUGAGUCCAUAAAUACACACACUGAUGACAUUUCAGAAAUAAAUGUUCAGAAUAUGAGGGAGA